GGCAGUCUGUGUUUUAGCAAAAAAAAAAAAAAAAAAAAAUGUGGAAAUUACUGCAACAUUAUUAUCGGUGUGAUUUAUGAGCGUGGCUCCAGAAGAUAUUCGGUUCUGGCUAUUUAUUCCCCGCAUGUCAGCGCUCAGCAGUUCCCAACUCAGUGGACUAGAGCGAUAAACGGGUCUGUGACCCGUCCUCCCCUCUAUGUCUGACUCAACUCAUCCCACCGAAAGACUCGCGGGGCUAUUCCCCCGAAUCGAAAUAUACUUCUUGCGUUGUGUUUAAAUGGCUUAAAACACGUGUUAAAGAUUGUGAUCUGCACCCUCCCUCUUCCUCCUCCUCCUCCUCCGCCUCCACCGGUGAGCUGCUCCCGCUGCUGCCGUCGUUUGACGAGUAUUGAGCUACCAGCUGACCUACUUUCUCUGCUCUCCUGUUUACAAGCCACUGCCAGCGGAGGAUGUGGAGCACAGUGCCUGGAAAAUACGCCGAAGCAGACCAGCAGACAUUAGCGAUGCGUAACUAGAUGAACGGGUCGUGGCCGAGCUACGGACCACUUCAUAUCAGCGCUUUAUUAACUUGUUAUGUAAUUGGACGCCGUUCUGUAGUGGUCAAACCAGAGGUGGGAGCCGGCGGCGAUGUUGUAGCUCAAAAUAAUGCUUCGUGUCAUGCUGGUUGGACCUUUGCUGCUGCCGCGUUCUCGAGGAUUUGGUGUGUCUACGGGGGAUCCGAGGGGGCGCUGGUCAGCUGGAUCUUUAUAGCUUCCUCCAACGGACUUGUUCCCAUGAGGUCAGCGCGAAUGGGAUUUCUAAGAGUUCAGAAAGGGCCUGGCUGGGAAAGGGAAUGAGUAUGGACAACCUCUCUGACUUCAGUGGCACCUGUGCGCCCAGCCGCAGGGAAUGGGACACCAACAGCUGUGUGGAGGAUGAAGAUGAGAAAGACCGGGCCAAAAGGGCUUCUCGUAACAAGUCGGAGAAGAAAAGAAGAGACCAAUUCAACGUGCUCAUCAAGGAGCUUUGCACUAUGCUGCAGGGUCAGGGUUAUCCACGCAAGAUGGACAAAUCCACCAUUCUGCAAAGAACCAUUGACUUCUUGCAGAAGCAAAAAGACAUAACAGCGAAGAAUGAAACUUGUGACGUAAGACAAGACUGGAAGCCUUCGUUCCUCAGCAAUGAGGAGUUCACCCAGCUCAUGCUCGAGGCACUCGAUGGCUUCUUGGUGGCAUUAACUACAGAUGGAAACAUCAUUUAUGUAUCUGACAGCGUGUCUUCACUCAUUGGCCAUUUACCGUCAGAUAUGGUUGACCAAAAUAUCUUGAAUUUCCUCCCGGAGCGUGAACACGACGAGGUGUAUAAGCUGCUAUCAUCCCACAUGCUGAUGACUGACCCUAUCGCUGCUGACUUCCUCGACAACGAGGCACAUAUUGAGUUUUGUUGUCACCUGGCCCGAGGAAACAUCGACCCGAAAGAGCCUCCCGUGUAUGAGUAUGUCAAGUUUGUGGGAGACUUCAAGUUUCAUAACAAUGUGCCUACUUCUUCUUGUAAUGGCAUGGAACUGACAUUACCAAGAAGCCUGCAGUCGUCGCUGGAGGAGCAGGUCUGCCUCAUCGCCACUGUGCGAUUAGUCACUCCGCAGUUUCUAAAGGAUUUGUGCAUCGUGGAUGACCCUUGUGAUGAGUUCACAUCCAGGCACAGCCUAGAGUGGAAGUUCCUGUUUCUGGAUCACAGAGCGUCACCCAUCAUAGGGUAUCUGCCCUUCGAGGUUUUAGGAACGUCUGGCUAUGAUUACUAUCAUGUGGACGACCUGGAGCUCAUCGCUCAAUGCCACAAGCAACUGAUGCAAUGUGGGAAGGGUAAAUCCUGCUACUACCGCUUCCUGACCAAAGGGCAGCAGUGGAUUUGGCUGCGCACUCACUACUACAUCACCUACCACCAGUGGAAUUCCAAACCGGAGUUCAUCGUUUGCACUCACACGGUUGUCAGUUAUGCCGAAGUGCGAGCUGAGAGGAGGAGGGCUUUUGGGCUGGAAGAGCUGUCUCCCCCAGAGAUCGCUCCGUCUUCUGUGAAGGCUCAGGAGCUGUAUUUGGACAUCUGCGGACGUCUAGACCCACCACAGGACCGAACCAGCGGCGCACACUCAGUGUCGUCCCACAGCUCCAGGAAGUCCUCGCACACUGCGCUGUCUGACUCCGCAUCAGCCAACUCGUACACGGAUGCCUGCACGCCGUCGUGGCAGUCGGCACCUGUGGGGACAGAGAGGACGAGCAGCAGACUCCAGCCAGGCAGUUCAAAGAGUUUGACCCAACGACAAAAUUCCUUUGACCUGGUUCCCCAGCUGAGUGUCCCCCUGUCUCCUACCUGCAGCAAGCACUCCGCCAUGCAGCAGCAGCAGCCACAGCAGCCACAGCAGCCGCCGCAGUCGUCUGUGUACCAGCUGCCACAGCGGCAACUCGGGGUCAUGAACCAGCUGAAAGAGCAGCUGGAGGAGAGGACGCGCAUCCUGCAGGCUGACAUCAAGACGCAGCAGCAGGAGCUGCACGACAUCAAGGAGAAGCUUCAGCUCGCUAAUAUCCAGAUGUUGUUACAACAGCCCAUACACAACGAGUUUGGGGGCUCCCAGCAGCCCCAGCAGCAGGGACCGGGAAGGCCGCAGAGCCAGUCGGGCGUCAUCAGGCAGCACUCGGGCCUCCCCAAACAGUCACCCUGUGGAGGGCACAGUGUGUCGCCUCACCCCCUCCUGAGAGAUAACAACUCUCCCUCCACACAGCAGAGGAUUCCCCGGAGUGGCCAGGCUCAGUCGGUCAGUCUGCCAGUGCAGACCAACACCAGCCUCACUAUGCCCUUCUACAGCAACCCCAUGAUGUUCUCCCAGAACAACAGCAGGCCCCUGCAGGAGUCCAACCAAAGACCCACGGACCAUGAGUUCAACCAGGACGGGCAACUACGGAUGCUCCUCAACCAGCCAAUGCAGACGCUGGUGCCCACCACUAAUGCGACAACCCAACCGUCCCAGUGCAACAUGGGACUUUCACAAACCAUAUACACCCUGGAGCAGCAGAUCAUCACCCCGUCCUUCUCCAUGCAGCAGGUCAACUGCAACGCCGUCCUUGUCCCGUCUCAGGUCUUCACUUCCCCCAUCAUGAUCCCUCACAACACCUUCAUCCAGCACCAGUCGCAGUCUGCGUACCACAGCCAGCACCAAGCCUCCCAGCACUCCCUGCAGCUGCAGCAGCCGCAGCACUUCUUUCAGAUGGCGCAAGGACUGGUCCAUAGCGGGUCGACGCCAGCAUUCUUACACACCACUAAUCUCCCGCAGCAGGGCGCCGUGGGAUACAUCCAGCAGCAGCAGCAGCAACAGCAGCAGCAGCAGCAGCAGCAGCUGACUCCAGCUCAACCGCAGCAGCACAGACAGUACCAACAUUCCCAGAACCAGAUGGACAGCGUGUCAGACUUUCGGAACAUGCUAACACGGUAGCGCAGCAGAACACACAAACAAAAGAAAGAAAUUGCGGUUUUCACGGUCUCCAGCGCCACACCACCUGAACGUUUAGACGCAGAUCAACUCUGCGACAGCGUCGACCCGUGGCCCAGCCCAGACCAGUGACACCAAUGGAUGUAUUGUCACGCGCGACAAGUGUUGUCGCAAGGUUUGACCCUGAAGUAGCAUUUUUAUAUAUUCGCUUUCAGCGACCAGCUGAAGUGACAGCAGGUUGGACGCCCAGCGUCUCUCAAUCAGACCAGAGUGGUGUGUGUGAGGGAGAAUGUUUUUGGAGAAUGUCAUGUUUCCCCAAAAUAUAAAAGAAUCUGUUCAUGACCGCUCUGGUCUCUUGGAUUGGCAUUCUUGUGGACAGGAGAACGUCUCGGUUCAGUGCAGCACAGUGGAAAAACUGCAACUGCAGCUUCACAUAACCACUGAUCACGUGUUCCAUGUUUAUUUGGUCCUUCAAUAUGGCAAACCCAGAAUCAGAAAACUAUUCUCGUGUAUAUUUAGAAAGUCAAUGUGCCUAUUAACUGUUUUAGAUUAAGGUUUCAAACUUUAAAAAAAGUGAUUAAUCCAACGCAAAACGAGGGCGAGACUUAAGGAAACACUAUUCCUGUCACCAAACUCUCCACUGGGAUGUGGAGAGACAUUUCUGGAAGAAUGAUGUGAAGACGAAGUCUGAAGAAAAGGGCUCCGAUCUUCCUUCCACUUCUCCCCAAAGGUCUCCAGAGGGAGAACUGUGCCUUUCCCCCCACCUCCGCAACCUCCGUCAUGCAGUGUCCGAUUAGGACUUAGAAAAGACCUCAGGUCCAUUUUUGGAAUACAAAGUUCUAUUUUCAUAGAUUAUUGUUUCCACAGUGGAUUGAAAGAGCAUCUAGAUUUAUAUUGGAGAUCUAUAUAUAUAUAUAUAUAUAUAUAUAUAUAUAUAUAUAUAUAUAUAUAGAUAGAUAUAUAUAGAUAGAUAGAUACUGAAUGCCUUCUGAGACAAGGUCCAGUCCUGACUCCAUCUUCAGUUUCCCCCAUAUGAUUUCUUCUGAGUCAACAUUUGAAAACAAAUGUGUUUGAGUGCGUUCACACUCAAAUAUGACCCGAUGCAGACCAGCAUUAAAGCCAACUUCUGUCCUGCUGAGAUGCUUUUGGACCUGAUUGAACUCAACAUUUGAACUACAACCAUGCGUGGAAUCAACCUGAACUUCAACUACAGUAAUAUACUAAGGCACAAAUUCAAAAGAGCCUAUUUCAAAUUCAAAAGUAAACAUCGCUAUACUUUCAAUCUCUUUAACGCUACUGGUGAAGUGAGUCUUCCAGUGCCUGCAGCGCCCCCUGGUUUUAAACAUUGGAAGCUGCCUUGAGCAGGUUUUUCUCAGUCAUUUCCGGUUGAUGGCAGAAAAUCUUUUUGGAACAAGCAACUUAAUAUCUGGAUGUUUAAACGUCCCUCUUUGUUGAGCUAUCGCUUGUUUGUGCUAAGAAAAGUCCGUUUUCCAGGAGCAGUUUAAACUCAAGUUUUAUAUUCAACCCCGAGUCAGUGGGUACAAAUGGAACACAGCCGCAGCUUAAAUGACCGCUCCUGACAUUUGAUUCUAAUUUUCUUUAAACUUGAAUCCGUGUUGAUUAUCCUGUGGAGUCACUGUGGUGCCAUAACUGGGGAAUAAAUAAGAGGACAAAGAACUAAACGUGUGAGUAGAACUAAAAAAUAAUAAUAAAUGGAGAUAAACAAUGUUUCUGGAUUAAAGAAGUGGAUCUAUUUAUUCUUAAAUGUUUCCAUCUAUAUUUUAGUCAUGUUUCAGUCUUCGUCGCUGCAGAGUUAUCCCAACCUUAUCUCAUCGCAGUGAGUCCACAGGCCCUGGCACAGUUGUUAAACCCCGUGUGGAUCAUGAUGCGCCGUGACCUCCACACACGCUCACAUUUUUUCAAAUCCGGAAUUUGUAACCACAAAAGAAUAUUAUUCCCGGAAAUAUUCCAGGUGCGUGUCGCAGAAUAACAAGCAGAUUAAAUCUAUUUAUUGUUUGUGACGUGGACAGGAAGUGAGGUGGAGCUUAUUUAACGACAAUCAGACGGAUCUGCGUUUUCUCAAGACGUGGGAGAGAAGUGGCCGUCGGCACUCGCCGCCACGAACUCAGCACCAGUGCCGUUUUACACUUUUACUAUGUGCAAUGUCAACUUGAGAAGAAGAAUGUUAAUUUAUACUGUUGAGAGACAAUGUAAACUUUGUAAAUAGGUGUGUAUGAUAAAGCCAUUGUACCGUGUAAAUUAUAAUGAAGUAUUUUUCUACGCCCGAAACAUUCCUCUCGGCAGAAUCUCGCCCGCCGACUAUGUCUGCGUGGGAAUGUGCUGCAGGUAGAGACUAACACUCUGGACUGAACUUCAGCGUCGUCGCUGCUCCGAAGGAAAGCGGCGACUUUCAAGACGAAGUGCAAUUCACCUACUUUGAUCUUUAGCUGACCAGGAAACGCUUGUGAACCCAUGAUCGCAGCUCAGAGGUGCCAUAGAUGUUUUUAUUUUCCACACUUCUUUCUCAUGUUCCUCCUCCACAAACUGUCACCGCGCUUUUGUCUCCUCCUUCUGGCUGACUGAGCUCCACUUUGCAAAAUUAAAACUCAACUUUGGGUUUUCAUGUUUUGUGGCUGAUUUUUUUUUUUUUUUUUUUUUUUUUUUUAAUGAAAUUGGCUGUGAAUAAUCACAUUGUUUCUACGGUACUUCUAUUUUUGUGGUUGCUUUUUCAUCUGAAAGUGUUUUGUUCGUUUCCCCUUCAACAUUUCUGUACCGAGGGACAAACCGACCUGAUUCAUACGAGCCAUUUCUGCGGCUUCAGAGCAGAACAAACGUGGAUAUAUUGUAAAAUAGAAUGUACAAAAAAAAUAGACGGCACAGUUGUUUAUUGUGUAUGUCUUAGCUUACAGAUAUACAGUAUAUAUUACAUGAUUUUAAAAUUAAAAUCAUUUUGUAACAGAUAAUGAAGUGUCUUACUAGAGGCGACGAGGCUGUUUUUGUGUUUGAGUUGGUGUUGCACAGUCAUUGUACGGCUUGUUUUCUCCCCUUCAUUUCUGUAUUUACCAUCAAAAUAAGCUUUACGGACAUUGUUCAUGUUGUUGGAAAGAAAUUAACUAAUUGCGUUUACAUCCGGAAAAAUAUAUCUAUCUUGAUAAUGUUAUAUUGAAUUAUUUAUAAAUCAGAACCUGGUCAUUGUGAAGAAUAAAUAUUUUUAAA